UCCCAAAUAGGAUUUUAGUCUUACGCACUUAGAACUUAGAAGUCAAAACUCCAACCAACAAAAACCGAAAAACUUCGCCAAAGCCCAAGGAUCAAAACCUCAACUCUUCCGACAGCUAAACAUGACUGCUCUGUCUAGCUCUUCCUCCUCUGUGUCUAGGCUCCUGAGCCCUUCUUCGCAAUCCAAAACCCCAAAAUUUCUGAACCUCCUAAACCCCCAGCCCCAGCAAAAAUCGCACACCAAAAAUCUGAUCUUUACCCUUAAACCACCCUCCUUAUCAAUCCUCUUCUCCACCAAACCGACAAAACCCUUUAAACCCCUCUUCUAUUCCACCCCAGUAAGAUCCCUUUUCACAGGAAUUGUUGAAGAAAUGGGCGAAAUUAAGCAUCUGGGCUAUGAUAAAGAUGGCAGCUUUACCAUGAAAAUCCAAGCAAAAACCAUUCUUGAGGACAUUCAUUUAGGUGAUAGCAUUGCAGUCAAUGGAACCUGCUUAACAGUGACAGAUUUCGAUACCCAAUUGGCUGAAUUCACCAUCGGAUUAGCCCCGGAAACUUUGAGGAAAACGUCUCUGGGUGAAUUGCAACAUGGGUCUUCGGUGAAUUUGGAGAGGGCUCUAAGUCCUAGUACUAGAAUGGGAGGUCAUUUUGUGCAGGGCCAUGUUGAUGGGACCGGAGUAAUCGUGCGCCGCGAGCCAGAGGGGGAUUCUCUGUGGGUAAAAGUGAAGGCAGGGAAGGACUUGUUGAAGUACAUUGUGCCUAAGGGAUUCAUUGCAGUUGAUGGGACUAGCUUGACUGUGGUUGAUGUGUUCGAUGAGGAAGACUGCUUCAAUUUUAUGUUGGUUGCAUAUACACAGCAAAAGGUGGUGAUCCCUUUGAAGAAAGUUGGACAGAAGGUGAAUUUGGAGGUUGAUAUAUUGGGGAAAUAUGUGGAAAGGCUACUUAGUAGUGGAUUUGUUGAUUCCAUCAGAUCAUCACGGCCUGUGGAGGUACAUUAGUGUGUCUUUUUACCUUGGUACGGGAUAGUACUGGUGACAGCUCAAUGUCAUGUACUACCUGAAUUUACAGAUUAAGUUUCAAAUUUAGUUAUUGAGAUAUGUUUUUAGUGGGCAAAUUUUGUUUUGUUGGCAUUUUAUCUCUGUGAACUUGUGUAUGAAUGGUAUGUCAAAAUUUGUACCCUUGAAUCUUCAAUUUAUAUAAAUACAACCAGCUGCUACUUUGAAAUCU